AUGGCUGAAACUGCAGGCGAGUUGAAAGCUAAGAGGAGAACGGCAAAAGGGAAGCUCACAAGGGGUAUGAACCAACUACAGGCACUUUUGAACACUGAAAGAUCCAUCAAGGAGGUAGAUGAGAGCUAUCACGAAUUCCGCAAAUUGUAUGAAAAUGUGGAGGCAAAACAUGAUGCCUAUUCUGAGGUUCUCGAUGACACCGCGUAUGAAGCAGAGCAGGCGUGGAUGGAGGAGUGCAUGAAUAGCUUCAUGCAGAUGAAGUUGAAGGUUGUGGACUAUGUAGGCAAUAGUACCGGCGUGGAUGACACGGUUGACACCACAAGAGAGGCUGAAAGCCCAAGGUCAGAAGUGAGAAACACAACAGCAUGUCACGUACAGAUAGAGAAACCAAAGUUGCCACGUUUCUCAGGAGACAUCAGAGAGUACCAGACCUUCAAAUCGGACUUUAAACAUCUUAUCGAGUCCAAAAACGCGGAGAGGGACUGUAUAACCAUUCUGCGUACUAGUUUACAAGGCAAAGCACUUGAAGUGAUUCAAGGCAUAGGAACAGACUACAACGCAGCUUGGGAGCAACUAGAUGUCAUCUACGGUGAUCAGAGGAAUGUCGCAGAUGCUGUUAUCUACGACAUCACGAAGUUCAAGAACUUGAAAGAAGGAGAUGAUAAAGGGUUCAUUGAACUAGCAGGGUUAGUGAGGAGGAGUUACAAUACUCUGAAGGAAAUCAACAAGGAGGAGGACAUGAACAAUUCUCACAUGUUGUCAUUGAUAGAGCGAAAGCUUACGAAUGAAGAUCGUAAAAUCUGGUUACGUCAACAGAAGUCGCCAACUUUGAAGUGCUUAAUGGAAUGGUUGAGCCAGGAGUUGCAAACUCGUAUCAGGGCGACUGCAUCGAUUCGAGAAGGAAGGUCAGAUAGCAAGCCAAGGCAGGGUGCCUUCAUACACCAUCUGACACAGGAGGACAAAGGAAAUGAAGGUCGCAAACCAGACUUUAAGUGUUGGCUCUGCAAAUCCAAUGAUCAUUGGGUCGAUAAGUGUCAGAAGGUCGUUAAGAUGAGCCAGCAGGAGAGGUACGAGUUGAUGAAGGAAAACAGGGCUUGUUUUAGCUGUCUGAAACGGGCUGGCAAGGAACAUCGGAUGACUACAUGUCGAAGAAGAAAGAAGUGUGAUCGAUGUUCUUCCUUUCACCAUCCUUUGUUACAUUCAACCAUAAAGAUCCAGGAAUCUACUGUGGAUGUUGCAAGCACCGGAUCGAGUGAAACUCUUCUGCCAAUUCUUACAGUCAAGGUUCGUGGUCCAAAGGGAGCGGUCAUCGGAAACUGUUUAUUGGACUCGGGUUCUCAGGUGACACUCAUCAGGAAGGGAGUAGCAGAGAAGCUCAACCUGGAGGGUGAUCCGGUUCAAAUAGUAAUCACAAAGAUCGGCGGAGAUAGAGAGACUACUAAUUCUAAGUGGUAUCGGGUGAAGGUAGAGUCUUUGGACAAUCAUCGAGUUGUUAAUGUGAAAGCUAUUGGACUAGAUGUGAUCAACGACAACAUCACAAGUGUUGAAGUUCGGGAGCUUGCAAGGAUUUUCGAUCUUGAUAAGCUCAACAGAGGAGACGGGUCAGUUGAUCUACUCAUCGGUGCUGAUUAUGCAAGACUACAUCUUGGUGACGUCAAGUCAAGAGAAAGAGGACAUCUAGUGGCUACGCGAACUCCACUAGGUUGGGUGGUAUUUGGCGGCAAGCCAGGACAGAGCAGUGGAAGUGUACUUAAUGUACAGGUGGUUGGAAAUCCUAUUGACCUGCAGGAUUUCUGGACGACGGAGUCCAUGGGUGUGGCAUGUCCAGCUAUGGAGACAGAUGAACAGAAGUUAAUCACCAAGGCCUGUCAGAAGAAAGGACAGCAGUGGCUGGUACCGUACCCAUGGUUGAAAGCUCCUAGAGAACUUCCAGACAAUAAGGUUCUAGUGGAGAAAAUGCUCUGUGCUACUGAGAAAAGGCUGAUGAAGGAUGCAGAGCAUGCAAAGGCCUAUGACCAUCAAAUCAAGGAGAUGGUUCAGAUGGAUUUUGCUAGGAAGCUAACGGCUGAGGAGAUGGAGUCGUACAACGGCCCUGUGCAUUACAUCCCUCAUCACGCCGUAUUGAGACCAGAGAAAAAGAGCACACCGAUACGAAUUGUCUUCAACUCUUCAUCAGUGUACCAAGGCAAGUGUCUCAAUGAUUUCUGGAUGAAGGGGCCUGACCUGUUGAACAAUUUGUUUGGAGUCAUCAUACGAUUUCGGGAGAAGCCAGUAGCAGUCUGUGCGGACAUCUCCAAAAUGUAUCAUAGGGUGCUGAUACCGGAAUCUGAUCAACACGUACACAGAUUCUUGUGGAGAGACUUGCAAGUUGAUAGAAAGCCUGAUACCUAUGUGAUGCAAGUUGUUACCUUCGGUGACAAACCGGCUUCAGCAAUGGCGCAGACAGCAUUGAGCCUCACUGCAGAAGAGGGACGCACUCAGUCCCCAGAGGCUGCAGAUGUGUUGAAGAGAGACUCAUACAUGGAUGAUAUCUGCACAUCUACAAAUACGAGAGAGGAAGCUCAAGCCUUAACUGGGAGCAUUGACAAUAUUCUCGCUAAUGGUGGGUUUAAGGUAAAAGGCUGGACUUCAAGCACACAGCUAAAGGGAGCACGAGGAGAUGAAAUGGAGAAAACUCUGAUGGAGAGUCUAGCAGAGGAAAAGGUGCUAGGAGUCUUCUGGGACAGAAAAAGGGAUGAGUUCUCUUACAGGGUGAAAGUUGAGAAGUUCUUGGAUAAGGAACUAACCAAGAGAAUCAUCCUAGGCCAGGUUUCUCGAAUCUUUGAUCCUAUUGGCUACACAGCACCGUUUGUCAUCCGAGCAAAGAUAGGACUACAGAAGAUGUGGGAAGCUGGCUAUGACUGGGAUGCAGUUCUUCCAGAGGAAUGCCAGAUAGAGUGGAAGAGAUUCUUUCAAGAGAUGGAAGAGGAAGCCGCUACUAUGUAUCUUCAAUGA